GCUUUGCGGCAGGCAGCCUGAGGGGGAGGUGGCGAGGCCGGAGUGGUGGUGUGCUGCGGCAGGAUGAAGCUGACCACGCAGGCUUACUGCAAAAUGAUGUUGCACGGCGCCAAGUACCCGUACUGCGCUGUGAACGGGCUGCUAGUGGCCGAGCGGCCGUUGGGUGCUCCGCGCUGUGACCAAGCCGGACCCCCCUCGAUCUUCGUCGACUGCAUCCCGCUCUUCCACGGCACCCUGGCCCUGGCGCCCAUGCUGGAGGUGGCCCUCACCCUGAUUGACUCUUGGUGCAAAGAGAAUAGCUACGUGAUAGCCGGAUAUUACCAGGCAAACGAACGCAUGAAAGAUGCCAGCCCAAACCAGGUUGCAGAAAAGGUGGCCUCCAGAAUUGCAGAGGGCUUUAAUGAUACAGCACUCAUAAUGGUCGAUAACACCAAGUUUACAAUGGAGUGCGUAGAGCCUGCCAUUCAUGUGUAUGAGCUUCAUGAGAACAAGUGGAGGUGCAACAACCCUCAUGUUGAUUUUUGUGAAGAUUGGACCGAAGCCCAGAGAAUCGCUGCAUCUCUCUUGGACAGCAAGUCCUACGAGACGCUUGUAGAUUUUGAUAAUCACCUGGAUGAUAUCCGGAAUGACUGGACAAACCCAGAGAUCAACAAAGCUGUUCUCCACCUGUGCUAGAGGGGUUUUUACUGACUAACUUACAGGCAUUCCCACUCUGUACUGAAGAGAGAAAAAUGCUGGUUUUGAAUGUAAACAGAAUAAUAUUCAGUACCUUGUGUGGAAACCUGACUGAUUAAAAAGGAGUGGCAUGUCACAUUGCAGUGACGUGUCCAUAAGCUGUUGAAUCCUCUUUGUGAGGUUCCUUGAAGAACUGCAGUUAGUUACUGUUGUCCUCGUGAACGCCUUCCCAGUUGUAGUGAAUGUUGCUA